AAUGAUAGCCGUAUAUAACUUGACCAGUGUCUGAUAAGAAGUCAUACAUUACGACAUACACCUUUAUCUGGAACAUGGUUUCCAACAUGAAGUCUUUAGUUUUCUGCUCACAGAUCAUUCUUUUAUGUGGCUGGUUUACUGUUUCGGAAGCAGAGGAUUCCAAACCUGUAACAUCCGAGCUAGAAUAUCUCCGUGAAUCUGUUGCACGUUUGCAAGGAGCACUCAAUGAUUAUGAUGAUCGUUUUAACAAAAUGGAAUCUGCCAAUCGCGCUUUGUGGGUGACGGUAUCAAAGCAGAACCAACAUAUGGCCCAUAUGGAAGACAUUAUUCAAGGCUUGCAAGAAACUGUGCAAAGAGAAAAAAUCGAACUAGACAAUUUUCCAAAGACACUGAGUGACAUUUUAGCGCAUGUCAGUGGAUAUAAUGACGAAGUGAAGAACAUCCCCCACAACUACACGACUGAUGUAACUGACCAGACAAAAGCUCGAGGACUAAUGCGACGACUACUUGUUGGAUCCUUGCCUGUACCUGUCGCUUUUCAAGUCUACCUGAGUGGGCGACAAACCACACCAAGUGGUCAUCAGACGAUCAUUUUUGAUACUGUCCAACUAAACAUCGGGAACGGUUACCACCAAACAUCAGGAAUAUUCGUUGCCCCUGAGUCAGGAAUCUACGUAUUUGCUUGGUCUAUGCGCCUGUAUGGAACCUCAUCACACUCUGCACAACUUGUGGUUGGCAAUCAAGAGUAUGAUGCUGUAUAUCUUGCGGUGCACGAUGGGGACAAUGAAAAUGUGAGCGGCACUGCUGUGGCACAGGUGGAGAAGGGAGAAGACGUCUUCGUGAGAACACACGCAGCUUUUAACUUGGGUAACGUGGAGAGUGAUGCUGUAGGGAGGACCUCUUUCUGCGGAUGGAAGAUCAACUGAGAUUAAUCUGUGAUCCAUAUUAUAAAAUAGAAUAAAGAUGGCUGCAGUUUC